ACGUGAAAGUCGUGUCAUCAAUUAUAUUUGAGAAAUAAACUUUAUAGUAUUUUUUACAGUGAUUUAUCUAAUAGUGAUAUUUUACAUGGAUAUUUGAGUAUAAACAUCGAAUUUAGUGCUAAAAAUGAUUAUAGAAAAUCCAGAUGCGUUCAAAACAUGGUUGACCUCCAUAUUGGAACCCCUAUGUGAUGCUGAUCCGGCAGCAUUAGCCAAAUAUGUCUAUGCCCUUGUAAAGAAGGACAAGCCAUUGGAUGAGCUUCGUGAUGGAAUGCUCGAUCAGCUUGAUGUGUUCUUGCAACAGGAGACCAAACCGUUUGUAGAGAUGCUGUUUAAGGCAUUGGAUAGCCAGGAGUACCUAAAGCCUGUUGAGGAGAAGAAAGAUGAAAUGGCAAUAGAACCUGAGGUACCAGCUGAGGAGCCACAACCUGAGAAUCAUGUGGCUCCGAUGCCCACGGAGGCUGAAGACAAGCAACGGAACCAUUCCCCCCCUGCUACAGAAGUGAAGGAGCCUCCUCGACACCGAGUGGUGGUGCCCAGGCGACCUCCGCAACAUGAGCAUACUCUAGUCAAGGUAUUACCUACUGAACUCCUAGAAGAACCAGUGGAACCUCCAAGGAGAAGAGAUAGGAGGGGUGACUUGGUACGUGAUAAAGAUGACCGUCGCCGCCGCCGUUCCCGGUCAUGGGAGAGACGUUCCCGAGCGAGACGACACCCACGUGACGAUGGACAUCCGGAUAGACGGUAUGAUAAGAGGAGACCCUCACGAUCUCCAUCACCCAGAGGUCGGUAUAGGAACAGAAGUCCACCAACUGCAUUAUUGGAUAGACAGCCUAGCCGGUCUAGGUCAAGAUCUCCAGUGACUCGUGAUAGGGAUCUCGAGAGAGAAAGGGAUAGGCUGCGUCCCGCGCGUGAGUUGGAGCGAGACAGAGUGUCGCGCGACCGAGAGCACCGGGAUCGCUUGUCUCGCUCUAGAGACCGAGAAAGGUCUCGUAAUCGAUCCCGAGAUAGGACGUUAUCGCCACACGACGCAAGAGUAGACCACACGGACACCUACAAACGGAGAUGUAGAGACUUUGACGUGAAAGGCUACUGUAUGCGUGGCGAUCUUUGCGAAUGGGAUCACGGUGUAGAUCCCGUUGUGCUGGAAGACGCUGCUCUUACCAGAGUUCUGGCUUUGCCACCACCUGUUCCAGAGUACAACCCGGCCACUCCAGACAUCUGGGUUGGAGGUGGCUUCGCGGCUUUCCCCCCGGCGCCUCACCCCCCGCCGGCCCAUCACAUGACGCCCAGGGAACUCGUGCCUAUACCUAGAGUACGUCACGAAAUGCCAACUGGAGCGAUGAUACCUCCCGUGCCGAGACAUCCUCCGCCGAUGAAGAAGAACUUUGACUAUAAUAGACUUGGCUCUACCAGACCACCGUUACUGGGAAAGGGUGUCAACUGCUCCUUAGAAGUAAAGAAAGUGCCUCACGGACUCAACGAUAUAACACAUCUGAACAACCACUUCAGCAAGUUUGGCAAGAUCGUGAAUAUUCAGGUUUGCUUCGAAGGCGAUCCCGAAGCAGCCCUUGUAACGUUCUCUAAUCCAACGGAAGCAAAUGUUGCCUACAAAAGUACAGAAGCGGUGUUGAAUAAUAGAUUCAUCAAGCUGUUUUGGCACAACCCAGAGAACAAACAAGAGAACGCAGCGCCAAUCGCUCAACAGAAAAACCAGAACAGCAAUCCUCUCUCGCACAACAAAGUCUACAUCAAUAAAGACAACAUUAAGGCCAGUGAGCAGAAUAAACAGAAAGAAAAGUUGAAAGAGACGAACGGCGAAACAGAGAAGAAAGAUGAGAAACCGGUGGACAAGUACAAGGAAGUGAUGGAGAGGUACAAACGUGCCCAGGUGCUGCUUCAGACGCAGCUGACGCAGCAGAAAGUUACCAUAAGCAAGUUGGAGAGUGGUAACGUCAGUGAAGAGCAGAAAACAGAAUUCUUGGAGACGAUAAAGGCUGCACAAGGGGCCAUAGAGAAAUUGAGGAAAGAACUUGUCGCAUACAAUGGCAUGAUCAAGCAUUUGCAGGAGGAGAAUGUGUCGCGCUCCAUGUCUCGGCUACAACUGAAUCAGGGAAAGAAGCCAAAAACGGCUGCAGAGGCCCAAAAAGAGAUUUUGGACGCUGAACUGGAUAUCAUUACUAAACAACAGGAGGGGCAAGACGUCACGGAAUUGGCGAAGAAAAUUGUAGACAUGCGACGCAAGAUGUCCAUACAGUUUCCAUCUCACACAGGCGUUAGAAAAAUCCACUCUAGGGGUGGUCGUUUCAAUCCCGCGAUGCGAUACACGCGUAAUGCAGCUGCACCGGCCCCGAAGACGUUCAGCGAUUUGUCUGUCGACCACCGACCUCGCACUCUGCUGAUAUCCGGCUUUGAACCGGACGAAUUGGAGGCUGUGCAGACGCAUUUUGCGAAAUUUGGAGAGAUUGUCGGUAAAGUGGUGAAUAUGUCUGUCCCGGAACUGACGGUGCAGUACAAAGUUCGAUCACAAGCUGAAAUGGCUCUGAUGCGUGGCAGGAACUACAAUGAUCGUACGCUCAGUAUAACGUGGGUAGCCAACAAUAAGCCUCUUGGAGCAGCGCCAAGCGCGACCCAAAAUGGAGAUGCGCCAGCGCAGGAGAACAGUAAGGACACGCAGAACCAGGAGCAAAGUGAGGACUUCCGUUUCGAUGAAGAAGAUGAGGAUGAAGCCGACGAAGACAGAUCUUGGAGGCGUUGACGCUGCGCUGGCCGCUAGCUAGACUAGCGAUUUAUACUAACACAUAAAAUAGACAUUUACAUUGACUUUCAAACUUAACUUAGGCCUCACUGUGGUUGACCUUUAACCAUCACUUUUAACCGCAAAAGAAAUGCGAGUUACUGUCAUAGGUGUCAGCAAUAUUCAUAUACUAUUUAACUUAUUAUUCACUUUAUAGAUUAACUUAACUAAGUAUGGUAUCAUAGUGACAUACAUUUUUGAUAUAUAUAUAUAUAUAUAUAUAAUAAUGAAGUAUUUAUCACUUAGCUUAUUAACAGCUUUGCGAUUACAUGCUGCGGGGAAAAUCACAGUGCGGCCUAUUUAAUACUGGGCUAACUAUGUGUUGUAAAUUACGUUUUGGCUUUGUAUAAUCUGUUUUAAUGUAAAAUACUUUUGCUAAAAAAAUCUUUUAGAUGUUGUCAUAAUUUCAAAUUUAAUUACUCAAAUGUAAUGGCAAUCAGUACCAAAAAGUUUACAACGCAUAUAUAAUUACGGACUACAAAGCAUAAGCUGAGAUGCUAGCUGAUAAAUAAGGAUUUUGGAUUCAUAAAAAAAGUGCUUAAAAUACUUGGUAUUUGUUGAGGUAAAGGUAAAUAUUUUGUAUAAAAUGUAACAAAGGCGAUUUUUUAAUCUUUCAAGACUAUCUUCUCGUAUUGAAUAUCUUUAAAUACAUUUCGACUUCAUUUUUUACUGAAUUUAGUCGUUGUUUCUUCAGAAUAUGCGAAUAUUCGCUUCAAGUCGUCAAUACUACACUGUAACUUAGACAAAAGUGUAAACACGGAGCUUACGCCAAACAAUCAUUUAUGAAUAUCGUCUAGUGCCUGGGAGAUUUCCACCCCACUAUAUAGAUUCUCGAUUGUUGUUUGUGGUGUGAUUUUUUUGUAUCUUCCAUUCUGUUUAUAGUGAGUAUUUUGGCAUCGUAACGUCAGAAAAAUAGAAUUUAUGGCUCAUGUCGUGCUAUCAUUAACGUAUCAGUCUUAUACAUUAGUGUCCCGUUAUAAAUUGAAACCUGUUUAACUAAUUGAGGCUUUAGUACAUUAGGAAUUAGACUGUUAAGGUAGGUUAGCCUAGACUCAGGUUUCGAAAUUGCCUUGCAUUAACGUCAUUUAAAUUUACAGAAACAUAUUCCAGUUUCAAUAGUUUGACGAGUCUUCCUAACCUGUCCGGGCACCUGACUGGUGUUACGCGACAUGUACAGUGAUAAUAUAACCUACAUUUUUUCGUCUCGUAUGAUUUUUACGAUGGAAGAUUUUGACGUCAAGAAUUGUCUCUGAUCUCUUAUGAAAAAACUUGACAAGUUGUUCCAUAAACUCUGGUGGUUAUGCAACAACUUGUCACAAAAUCCCUUUACGACAGGCGUGACCCACAAAGUAAUUUGUAUGAAUGGCAUUAGCUCGUAUCACGCGACCGUUUGCAUUCAAAUCCCUUUGGUGUCGACUGUCGCAAAGAGAUUUUGUCUUACGCCCCUGAAAUAGUCAAUUGUCAUUAUUGACAGUCUCGAAACGAUAGACGAACAUACAUAUAAAACGGUUGUUUAUAUUUACGUAUAGUAGAUUGGUGCAAUAUUAGGUAACUGUCAAAAUAACUAAACAACGACAAUACGGAUGAGAAGUGAAGUCCGUCGCAGACAAGUCAAAUCUUUGACAAUUGACUGUUUCAUGAUGCAUGAAUUUGACAAGCUGACGUCCAGUGACUUUGCCAUAGUGACUUAAAUGUUUAAAUAACUAUUAUAUCUUUAUUAAUCGAUAUUUAUACGAUAUAUAAGAAUAAAUUCUAAAACAGCUGAAAACGCUUUAUAAAAUAAGUAUAUAAAUAUUUAAAAUUAAAGUAGCCUAUAGGAUUGUUAUACAUUAGGAAUAAACAAUUUUAAAUAUUUGAUCUAUUUUGCAAUUGUUCAAAUUCAGUUAUUUUAACUACUUUGGCACGGUAUAGUACAUACAAAAUUUGACACCAUCUUGGCGUAUAGUUGAUCUGUUUAAAAAUGGAAAUAUAAAAAUAUAAAAAACUAGUACUAAGCAAUAACCAUUUUGGUCAAAUGUCUUUGCUUUUUAAUUUUUUUUUUUGAGACUAAUACAUUUUACAAAUAUGCUAGGCUGCUGUGUACAACGUAAAUCUACAUUAUAGUUGGUAACUUGUACCUCAUAUAAAAGCAAUACUUAUAAUAUAUAUUUGAUAUACAUACGUAGUUUUACACAUAUGUCCCAAUUGGCAAGUAUUUGUAAUGUACCGAAAGUACUAAGCUAUGUUUACUUAGUAACAAAUGAAAGUGACAAUGUAAAGGGAUUAUUGUGCGAAAUUAUUUGCUAUAUACAAGUAUGCAAAAUUGAGCGCUCCAAUACUGUCUUUGUGUUAUCCCGGCCUUUUACACCAAUCCAAUAAAAGUCGUAAAAGACGAGAAACAAUAUUGCACAAAUGGUCAACUUUUGGAACUCCACGGCUAUUAACGUGCAUAUGUACGUUGAGAGAUAGAAAAGUAUACACUGACAUCUUAUCUAACGGAUCUCAGACAGACUCACCUCUCAGUUGCAAUAUUUACAAAGACAGUAGAUUAGUAGUGAUCAGAAGUGAAUUGAUAUUUAUAAACACGCGUGUAAGUGCCUGCCUAUGUCGAAAAAUAUAUUUGCCAAUUAGGACGAUGCUAGUGUUUUUUUAGCAAAGCUAGCUUAGAAUUUUUGAAUAUACACAUGUAGAAUUUAAAGAUUACGUACAAAAUUAUUACUCAACAUUAGUGUAGAAUCGGUGAUAGUUUUCAGACAGCUUCAGACUUACAUGGCCUUAUUCAUAUAAUAUAAUAACAAGGAAUACAUUGCAGAACGUUUUUGUCUAUUUGACAGUUGGCUUUCUCGCUAGUCUUACGAUAUACACUCACUUUACACGCAAUCCCAGAACGAAUGAUCCACGAAAUAAACGUCUCAAAGAUUCAAUUGAGUCACAAAAUGAAUCUAAAUCGUAAAUUCGUCAAGGCAAUAUUGUAUAGAGAUGCGGAACGGGAGUGUUCAAAAUUCAUACAAAUCCAAAACUUCAUUUAGUUUGUGGGUAAUAAAUCGGUGCCUUGUACAUACCUGCAUACAAACGUGAAAUAUUAACAGUUAUUAAAUUGAUGUCAUUUUGAGAUUUUAUUAUACAUGCUACAAGAAUGCGUUUAGCUAUAUUGACGAUUAAUCAUAUCAUGAUAAUGAAUAUAUUUGAUGUAGAUUGAUAUAAUUCGUUGAUUGGUUGUGUUAAGGAUCGACGUGCGAAGGGUUGGCGAAAUAUUGAACAUUAGGUACUUGGUUAGUA